AUGGAUCCUGAACGAGCUAGUACAGAUGAAGUAGAGAGUAAUGCGCCUAUUCCCGCAGAAGGGACGGUGCCAUCAGAUGUUAAUGUUAGUGAAAGACCUGCAUCAGAUAGACAGGGAGGAGGAGCUAGAGAAGCCUUCUUCCAAGCCAUGACUGAUUGGUUUGCCGAGUUCGUUCCCCAUGUAUCUUCUCCAGCUGCAGGUAUAGUUAUCAGGGAGAGACCACCUGUUGAUAAGAUUAGGAAGCAAGGGGCUGAAGAAUUUCGGGCUACCAAAGAUGAUGAUGCAGAAAAAGCAGAAUUCUGGCUUGAGAAUACAAUCAGGGUUUUUGAAGAAUUAUCUUGUACUCCGGAAGAAUGUAUAAAGUGUGUUGUUUCACUUCUUCGAGAUUCAGCUUAUCAUUGGUGGAAGACUCUCGUGUCUAUAGUACCGAGUGAGAGGGUUACCUGGGAUUUCUUUCAGGAGGAGUUUCGAAAGAAGUACAUCAGCCAGAGAUUUAUAGAUCAGAAAAGGAAGGAGUUUCUUGAGCUAAAACAAGGUAAAAUGUCUGUGACUGAAUAUGAACGCAAAUUUGUAUCCACUGAAGCUAACAUGUGCAAGAGAUUUGAAGAUGGGCUUAAUGAUGACAUCCGACUAUCAGUGGGUGUAUUGGAAAUCAGAGAGUUUGUUGUUCUGGUAGAAAGAGCUUGUAAAGUAGAAGACUUGUUAAAAGAAAAAGAGAAGAGCAAAGCUGAAGCUGGAGCGCAGGAUACAAAGAAGAGGCAAAUGAGUAAAUCAUUUCAGUCUACAUCUAAGAGGCCUAGGAAGCUCUCUAGCGGAUCAUAUUUUCCAGCUAGAUAUCCUGGCCGAAGCAGGGGUAGAAGAUUUGAGGGUUCUAGAGCUCAAACCACUACAGUUGCAAGUACUGGCAGUACUCGACCUCCUAGGCCGGAAUGUCCUCAAUGUGGGAGACGCCACCCCGGAGAGUGUAGAGCAGGUGAAAAUAUUUGUUUCAGAUGUGGAGCGUCCGAUCACUUUAUUCGGGAUUGUCCUGAAACAGCUAAAAGAGAAGAGAUAACGAGUGUGAGAUCAGGAAAUGCUCCUACUAGAGGUAGAUCACAGAGAAACCCAGGAGUGGGAGCGAGUAAUAGGAGUGCAUCCAGAGAUUCAGCAGCGAGAUCAGAUGUUAGAGCACCCGCGAGAACAUAUGCUAUUCGUGCUCGUGAAGAGGCGUCCUCUCCGAUAUAA